AUGGACAAUCCGCCCCACACCUGGCUCCAGCUCCCAGACUCCUUCGCGGAGGAGCUGGCGGCCGACACACCCCUGGGGCUAUGGCUGCAGCCGGACGGCUACUGCAACAAGUCCUCGUUGGUGGCAGCUGAGUUCACUCCUUCCGGCUACGUGUACCUGACGCGGGGGUGGAAGUCGUUCGCCCGCGCCCGCGGCCUGAAGGAGGGGUACACCCUCCUCUUCAAGUUCGACGGGGCUGCGACGCUUUUCGUGAAGAUCUUCGGGGAGGCCGGCGGCCGCCUGGAGUGCUGCAUGGAGAGCGACAGCAGCAGCAGCGGUCACUCCUCCGGCGACGACAGUGGCGACGACGGUAGUGACUCCCACGGGAGAAGCGGAAGCGACGCCGACUCCGACGAGCCCCCACGCCGUUGCGUCAAGACGGAGGAGGACCGUGACUAG